GCUGGGUGCCUCUGGUCUGCCGUUCACUCUGUCGAUAGUUUAGGCAGCGGCGGCGGCGGCGGCGGCGGCAACUGCGGAUGAGAGUUCACGUCCGUGGAGGCGCGGGCGAAGCUGGCGGUUCCCUCUCACCCCUCUACCUCUCUUCCCCUCGGGUCUCGUCUCUAUCUUCCGCUGUGCUCGGGGCGGGUGGCGGCGAACGUAAACACGUCUCUGCUCGGGGAAGACGUGUCCCGUCUCUCCGAGGAGGGGGAGGGGAGCGAGCGACGGCGGCUCAUGGAUGGUGUGCGCUGGCACCAACGGUGAGCGACGGCUGCUUGGCUCCCCGGAGGCGGACGACGGCUCAAUUCCGAGGAGGAGACGACGAGUGCAAGGGAGGCAAUCGGAAACAUCAAGUCGGCGACCAUGAAAGACUGUUUGUGAUAUUUCUCAAAGGUUAAGCGGCCUUUUCUGCUGUCAUUUGUAAAAAAAAAAACCUCCCUAUGAAGAGUACACAUGGCUUAGGUAACCGUGUGGUAGCCAUCAGGUGUCACCGGCUUGGGACUGAAGCGCGCAUUGAAUCUUCAAUGCUCCAUGCCCUAGUCUUUUGUGCGACUACUUGGACUUGUGCCGGUCAGUCCUAAGGGAUGCCAUUAUGAAAGAUGGGACCGGUUCGCCACUAAGGUGUGUGCCACCUCCCUUCUCUUGUUCUCCUGUUCCGACAUGCAUGUUUUGUUUGAACUUUAAAGUGACUUGCCGGUAACGAGAUUGAACGAGGUAUUGGGAUACCGACGAUCGAGUCUCGGGCAAGUAACGUACCGAUUGACAAAGGGAAUU